CUCUCACUCUGACGCAGAGUAGGAUAGACUCUGCGCGCUUUAGUUCAAUCCGGCUAGACGGACCCAGACUGGCUGACUGUUGAUGCCCAACAAUGCGGACCAAGCCACAAAAGUUUGAAAAGUUAUUUUUGCGCACGGGUCUGGCGAUGAGGGGUCUCGGGGGUGACUGCAGCAUGGGUCAGGCUUCAAGUGUUGGUUCCUCUGCAUCCCUGUGGAAAGUAAUUUGAAGAGUCAGAAGGAGACAUCAACAGCCUCGCUGCGGUGCCAGAGGAAAUCAUUUAGUCUUUCCAACUGGAUUUACCAAGACCUCUGAUUGUUUACAUCUGGAGUCGCCUAUCAGUAAAGCUUACGGCUAUAGGUGUGACACUUUUUCUCCCAUUGUAAAACUCGGUUUGGUUUUCUACAACUCUUGGAUGAUAACCUACACUGCGGAGUCACUUUGGAUCUGAAUUACGCACGGGAUUCCUCAAACAAAUGACAGCUUCUGGGUGGUUUGUUGCUCCCUCAUUUUACCCCCUCAGCUCCCUGUACCACAUCGAUCCACCGCAUCACUGCCCUCACCAGGUUAGGUAGACGCGGGGGGUAAAAGCCUCUCUCUCUCUUUUAGUGCGCCGGCGUUCGGCCGCGGGCCACCUGGUCGAGGAUGUGGGGAGGAGGUUUAUCGUUGUAUGUUACCGUGAUUGUGACUCUACUCCUGGUCAUUAUCGACGUGAAAGCAAGUGGGGAAUAUUGCCACGGCUGGCACGACUCCCAGGGCGCUUGGAAAGAAGGGUUCCAGUGCCCGGAGAAGAUUGACGGGGAGGACUCGAUCAUCUGCUGCGGGAAAUGCGAGCUGCGCUACUGCUGCUCCAGCACGGACGCACGGCUGGAUCAGGGGAGCUGCGAUAACGACCGUCAGGCUCAGGAGCCCGGGACAGAGAACAAGGAGAACAAGGACUCCGGUGCAGUGCCCAUCUAUGUGCCGUUCCUGAUCGUGGGGUCAGUGUUUGUCGCUUUCAUUCUGGUGGGCUCUGUGGUUGCUGUGUGCUGCUGCCGCUGCCUCCGGCCCAAACAGGAACUGUCAUCAGAAGGUACGACAGGAGGCGGUGCAGGCGGUGGUCGCCUCUUGGAAACCAUCCCUAUGAUGUCCAGCGCUGGGACCUCCAGAGGUUCAUCAUCCCGCCAGUCCAGCACGGCCACCUCAUCCAGCUCCUCCGCCCCGCCCGCCGCACCCCGUCCUGCUCCCCCUCCUCUCAUGCGGGCUCAGGCCUCCUGUUGCCUGCCCCCUGAUGCCAGCGUCUUCGUCAACAUGCCCACUAACUUCUCUGUGCUCAACUGCCAGCAGGCCACGCAAAUCAUGCCUCACCAGGGACAGUUUCUGCACCCGCAGUACAUCGGCUACGCCCACCCUACACCGGCCUUCCUGGACCCCACUCAAGGAGGAUACAGACCCCUCCAGUCCCCCUGCCCUCCUCCCAUCGGCGGGUCCAGUGUCACCAGUGACCAGAAAUACCCUCCAGUGACUGUGUGAUGAGGGGCCAACCUGCAGACCACUCUGCCACUUUGUUGUGAAGUUUAACCUGUGAGGGCUGCGCCAGAGACCCGUUGGGGGACGCUGUGGAAAAAGAAAGGCAGGCAGUCAGACUCACAUGAAGGACUCAUAAAGCCGUUGAGGCAGCAGGGCCUGCCCUGCUAUUGUGUGUGGUGUGUGUCUCUUUAGUGUGUCAUAUGAUCUGGCAAGUUGGAAUGAGCUAAGCUCAGCCUAUGGUGGGGUAAGAUGGAUGCAAUAACAAUUUUCUGUCUUGAUGCAAAGACAAAACUGUAUAUUGGAGGGUUAUACAGCCCAGAUGGGUGAUAAUGCACAGCUCACUGCAGCUCACUGUGCAUGUGUUUGUGUUUGCAUGUAUGUGUAUGUGAGAGCGAAAAAAAAGAUUUGUUGGCUUAAAUGUACUGGAAUGAGUGAUGACUGGAUGAUUUAUAGCAGUGAACUGUAUGAAAAGUGGAUCAAGAAAAAAAAAAAACAUGACCACAUGCUGUGUUUAUGCCAUGUGCACAUCUGCACUUGUGAAUGGUUGUGAGUGGUUUAUACAAUACAGUAUAUGAUUGUUUGUGUUGGGGAAAGAAAGUAUGUGAAAAGAUGUAAUGUAUGUGUGUGAGUUAGUGUGAAGUGCGGAAGGAUGUGGACGUAUGAGUAACUGUGAGUGAACUGUGUUGAAUGGGAAAUGCAGGUGGCGUGAUGUGAAAGACAGUCGCAAUCUCCCUGCAGACCAUUUAAACUCUAAUGAAGUGAACACAGGACAUAGACUGUGACGCUCCACCCUACUAUACACCCCCCCCCCCCCGCCACCCAAAAAGAAAAAACACACACAAAACCCCCCCCAAAGAAUACCCACAACUGCCCUGAGUGGAAACACACAGACUAAAAUAAAUAAAUAAAAUAUUCACACAAGGCUGGUAGUUAAUGUACCUGACAAGUGUGAGUGUGUGACACAAGAGAAUGAAAAGUAGCUCUCUGUAGAUCACGGAGUCAAUUAUACAGCGAAAACUCUGCCAAAUGCCCCCUUCAUGUCUCUCCUGUGAGAGGUGUGUGUGUGCAUGUGUGUGUGUUUUGAACACUCCCACAGUUCAGUGCGUUAGCAGAGGGCACAUGCAGCUCCAGGGCAGUUUUGAGUCAUUAUUUUCCACUUAAGAAAGGCACAGAAAUGGCGGUUAUUGGUUGUUAAUCUGAAAGAAAAAAAAAAUGAGUCAAAGUUGCGUUUCUUCCAGCCGCUCCAUGUCCUGUUGUGCUGCUGGGUCACUGGUAACUCAGUAACAUGCAGCUUGAGGAAUGUGCUGCUCCACUGAGCGUGCGGCCUGUGAUGUUUGUGUACCUCAUCUGUACUCCGAGCACAAUGUCUGUAAGAUACAGUAGGCAGCUUGUGUGUGACAAAAUAAGAGUAUCUGUAAUAUGAUGUAUGAAAAUUGGUCCAAUUUGAUGCAGGGGUGACAUUUUUCAUGUGAAUUCUAAAAAAAAUAAAUAAAUAGUAUAUUAUCA